AUGGAUAAACUUUUGAAACCUAAGGUUCAAGUGAUCACUCCAAAUACCGAUGUUUAUAUUUACAACGCCUAUUUUGAUCCGAUUUUGCAAACCUGGAAGAUUGCUCAGGAAUACGCGGAAAGAAAAUUGGCAUCAGAUGAGAAACGAUAUUUGAGACCGGAUUUAAAUCAGGAAAUCGAGAGUGCUAGAGAAGACUACGAGCGAUUCAAAUCGAUUGAGAAUCCAAGAUAUAUGCAAGAAGUUUUAUCGCCGAUUUUUACGAUCUCAGGACACAGAAAUCCGAGGAGAAAACAUCUUGAAAUAUAUUUUGGAACUUUGAAACACCUGAAUUUGUUCGCAACAUUUUCGAACUAUGGAUUGAAUAUUGAUGGGAAGAAGCAAUUUGAUGUCAAAUUGGUGAAUCCUUACGGGGCAAAUUUUUUGUGCGAGUUUACGCAGAUCAAGUUGCGUGGGAGAUGGGUUUUUGAAUCGGAGAAAUGUGAACCGCGCAUUUUUGCGCUACUUGAAGAAGAUUUGCCGCAACAAAUGGAGGAGUGA